AUGUCGGUGAAGUGAUUGUCGGUGAAAUGAGCACCACCCAUUUUGCAAGGGGGAUUAUUCUAAGCGAUCUUGUGCAUCUUGACCUAGAACCAAAUGAUCUUCCGAGAUUUCCAGCUUUAAUUAGUAUGAUUGCAUUAGUACAAGAACCCCCGCGUAUUGAUGGUGAGGACGCUUUUAUGACGGUUGUUGUAACUGACCACAUAGACCAAGAUCAAUGUGACACCGAAAUAAAAUGCCACUACUUAGCAUCCGCGCCCCAUCUAAUUCGCAUAACUCCAGCUAUAAAAAAGAAUUCGAUUCUUUAUAUUAACGGUGAAUUUUUUUUGUACAAAAACGAAAGUUAUGUACACGCUAAAAGUAUAACCUUUUCAGGUCAUCUGAAAUCAUCGAUUAAUGUAGAUACUUCCUCUAAAAUUCCCUGGGAUGAUGAAAUUUCUGAUGAAUCGAGUAAAACUGUUAGUUUUGCUGAAACAAUAGCCGCAAAAUUUGAUAUUAAACAUCCAAAAAAUAAAAACUCGCCGAUGAUUACUCCACCUGUAACUAAUUUAAUCGCUGAACCAUUUACGCAAGCUAAUCCCGAUAGAGAACAAUCAACCGUUAAUCAAUAUGCAACUAACUCUUCUUCGGCUGCUGAAUCACAUAAAAGAAUCAAUUCUAAUAAAAAAUCUUCAGUUAUUAAGGUACCUAAAACUAAACUUUCACCAGCUAAACCAUAUACGCAAACUAGAAAUCGGCGCAAGUUAACAGAUCUGGCAAAAGACAUGUUAAUUAAUCCGAACGCAUCAGAGCAAUCUCCUUCCGUUUCCCCUGAUCAUCAAAAUUUAACUUAA